GCACCCCGCCCCCCGGCCUCACCGCCCGCCCCAAGGCCGCGCCGGCCGCCCAGUGGGAGUCAGGUCGACAGCCCUGGACUCGCGAGCCCCUCCCGCGGCCGCGCGUGCCGGCCGCAGCCCCCUUCCGCCCGGCCUGCCCCUUUGUCCGCCCCGAGGGCGGCACCUUCCCGCCCGCGGGGUGUGCGAACCCUCGGGGGGCGGGAGAGGAGGAGGGACCGGGGAGGGAAGGAGGAGGAGCGAGGCGGGCGGCUGAGUGCAGGGGUGGGGAGCCGCCGCCGCACACCCGACUCCCGUCCCGCCCGGGCCGCGAAAAGGGGCUUUUGUGGCCGGCCGGGGUUCUCGCGGAACGCCCGCCCCGGGGCGGGGUGGCGCCUCCCCCUUGGCGGGAGUCGACGCGGCCUUCAUGGCCGGGGAACGCGGCGGCCGCCGGCGGUCGAGCGGGACAGAGCGCGGAGCCGGCGGCGGCGCUCGGCGGGAGAGCGCGGCUAA